CAUAUUUUUCUAUCGGUGAUUAAAAUGUCAAAUAAAUACACAUAUCAGCUGCUCUAUGCUGUAGAUUCCAGGACUAAAUGGCUUUGCCCUUUGGCCCACAGUCCCCGGAACUAGACGUUCUCGUUGUGGGUGCCGGCCUCUCAGGUCUGGCUUCCGCCCUAAAGAUCCUGUCCAAGGAGAGCUCCCUGAAGCUAAGAAUCAUAGAGGCGAGCGACUUUGUGGGCGGUCAGCUGGGUGAGGAUGGCAUUCGAUUCGUGGACAGAGAGCAGCUUGGCAUGCUUGCCUAUCUGGCCAGCGUGGAGGUGUCGCCGAGGCGCCGGAGUAGCGACAACGAAUCUCUGCGUAGGUGCUGGGACCUGGACCGAGGACUCACAGCUCUGCCAGCCAAAUUCGAGCUAGAGCGGUACAUCAAUAUGUUGGAACUGCGGAUGAACAAGUUUCGCACAAAGCGAUUCAACCUCCGCGAACGGGUGUCCAAUAUGGAGCAGCAUAUCUGCCAACAUUUGUUUUUUGGCAAGUCGCGGAAUUUCAUGCUCAACCUGGUGGAAGUGGUCUGUGGCGUUCCAGCCAACGAAGUGGUCUACGAUGUCUUCAUGUCCGUGUGUAGCUCCUGCGGUGGUCUCAGAAUGAUAAUUGACUUCUACUUCACCUAUCCGAGCAGCUUCUACGAGGUCUCCACUCAGACGCUGAUCGAUAAGAUACUGGAUCAGAUCCCGUUCACCGCCAUCUCCCUCAACUGCCGAGCCGUGAAAUUGGAGCACUGGAGGAACUACGUGGAGGUCACGGAUGCGGAGGGCACUAAGUAUACGGCCCAGGCCGUGAUCCUGGCAAUACCCUGGAACAAGAUUCAGAAGCUCCAGUUCGCUCCCCCCAUUCCGAAGGCCUUUCUGCCACCGGUGGCCUCCACAGCUGGAAAGAGGCAGCGUCGCCGAAUCAGCCAGUUCCAGCUGCGAUAUGACAAGUCCCAUUGGACCGAGCUGGGCUAUUCCGGAAACUUUCUCAGCUCCCGACCGCUAAUCAGUGCCCACGAGUGCGGCAUGUCCACCAUCAACGGCUACAUGCUGCAUUUGUCAGAGGACGAGGAGGAUGUAAUGGGCGAGGUGCUUGAGCAUCUGGCCGAACAGUUUGGCGAGGAGAUGCGACAACCUCUGGAGUGCAGUUGCUUCACCGACGAGCUCAACGUGGCGCUGCACAAACCGCUGGUGAAGCCCUGGCUCCGUAUCAUCUGGUCCAGCUCCUCGGCCGUGGGCACAACCUACCGCAGCCUUAUCGGCGGAGCUGUGGAGAGUGGCGUCCGGGCAGCGGUGAAUGCUCUGUUUGUGGUGAGGCCCCAGGUGGUCAGCUGGAAGGACAUGAUCGAAGCACGAACGAAGGCCCUCCUAGAAGAAAAUGGCACCGGACGUUUCAGGGGACUGCUCAGCCGGCUUAAUCUCUACAACGUCACCUUUUACGGCGGCUUCGUGGUUGGAAUCACCUGCCUGCUCAACUUUGGCUAUGAAAGGCUGUCCUAGAUGAUAAAAACGUCUGUGCCUUUAGAAAUUAAAGUCUCCUCUUGACCUUGUCACCCA